UUUGCGCGGGCUACGUUCUUCUUGCUGACACUGCGACCAAUGGAAUGCUCGCGUCAUAUCGUGCGUGUUUUUAGCAUCGCCGCGUAAAUGUCGUCGUGCAAAUGGUGGUCGCUUGAGUGUUUUGUGUAAUGCGUUCUAGCAGUUAAUUCUGACGAGAUCUUUAACCGCAACAGACAAUCGAUCAGAGGAGCAAUAAUAGCGAGCCGAUUAUUGGUGCAAUUUGCGAAUUGUUUGUGGUCAUCAUGGUGAAGCUACUGAAGAAGUUUUUCACCGGUGACAAGGUGUUUGCCAAAGUUCGAGGUUACCCACCGUGGCCUGCUAAAGUUGAAAAAGUUAUUGAUGCAAAUUCUAAGAAUGCAAAAUACAGUGUUUACUUUUAUGGUACAGGGGAAACAGCUGUUUGCAAGGUAGAAGAACUAUAUACUUAUACUGAAAAUAAAGCAAAAUUUUGCAAGCCUAUUCGACGAAAGUACUUCCAUGAAGGUAUAAAGCAGCUCGAACAAGAACUUAAAAAUGAGAGGAAUAAGUCUAUGACAAACAUUGCUAAAGAUGAUACUUUAUCUAAGGGUGCAUCUGGGGAUGCAUCUGAAUUACCAACUGUUAGUGCCGCAGAUAGUGACAUGGAAUCUGGUUCUUUGAUAAUAGAUGAAGGAGAAAAGAAAAAGUCUUUGAAAAGGAAACCUCUUACACCUGCCUCCAAUACCCCUGAUACACCAGAAGUAAAAAAGAGACGUGGCAGAGGAAAAGCCUCAGUUGAUACAUCGAAGCAAGAAGCUUUGGAUUCACAAGGUGAAGACUCGCCUAAAGAGGUCGUUAGUCGCAGUGGUCGUAAGAUUAAGCCAAAACGUUUUGCUGACUUCUCCAGUUCAGAAGAAACCGAAUCUAUUAUAGAAAAGAACGAACAUUCUGGACGUGGCCGUAAACCGAAAACUGAAGACUCCCAUGAUCAAUCAAACGUAAUUCCUAAAAAGCGAGCUGCUGCCGAAAAGAGAAGUAAUGCAGGUGAAGGAUCGAUACUUGAUGAUACUAUAGUGUCGAGUGGCACAUCUUCUGAUACACCAGGUCGUUUUCUUCUAGCUCGCACAUUCGCCGGGGAGUACGUAGGCAUCAAAUUGGAUGCGGAUAGACCGAAGACUUUCGAAAAUGAAAAAGCCCGGACACAGUGGGAUUGGCUGACUGCUAGGAAAGCUAUGAAACUCAAGGCACAAUUGGAAAGUGGUGAGAUUUUGCCGGAACAAGUGAAAGAUUCUCUCGACUUCAAUGUUCAUGUGCCAGAAGAUGAGAAACGUGCUCUGAAAGACGGAGCAGUUCAUCGCAAAACUUACAAAUUAAGAUGGCUUCGUAUAGAGGCUCAACUUUUACAGUUGGACGCUCAAAUAAAAUCCAGCUUAGGUCUAGACCGAGCCAAUGCAGAUAAAUGUUUACAGGCAAUGGAUGACAUUUUGGCUCUUUCGAUUGAUCCUUUAAUGCUGAAAAAACAUCCUCACAUCGUUGAGACUGUGAAAAGGCUGCGCCGAUAUAUCGGCAAUUUAGCGGAUUGGAAAUUGAAUGCGGAAGAAGAGGCUAUUUUCAGACAAAAGGCAGAACAAAUCAGACAAAAAGCAGAACAUAUAUAUAACAAGUACAAGGCUAUGUUUACCAUACCCGAAGGUCAAUCGUUUUGGCAAUCCUUCUCGGAUCAAGUUGUGCAUUUUAAGGAAUUGACGAAAGAUAUGUCCGAGGAGAAAAUGUUCUCAUUGAUGUCCGAUCCUGCUUGCCCAGAUGCUGUUAGAUCGCAAGAUUCGCCCGCGGAUGACAGUAGCCAAGCUGAUACUGAUGUAGCAACUGAAGCGGAACCAGUAUCAGAAUCAGGACCAGAGCAACCAUCAGAACAAAGACCAGAACCAGAACUAGAACAAGAAAUCCAACAAGGCGAAUCUGCAGGACAAUCACAAAUGAUGUUAGAAACAGAAUCGGUUGCUGAAACCGAAAAUGACACGCAAAUAGAAGCGGAAGCAGAAGUGCCUACUAAAAGUACCAGUCCUAAGAAUGAGGGGGUUAAUUAAUACAUGUAAACUUCUUUCGUUUAUAUGCCUGAAUAACAGGCAAUUUAUUCUGCUAUAUAUUGUCAUUGCCACGGUCCUUUGCUCUUAUAAUUGUCAUUAAUAUUGUUAUGGCAUUAAUAAAUCGAGCGCAUUAAAGCUGAAUUACAUUAGCCGCAAUGCGCCUGCAGAAUAAUUCAAAA